ACAAACCAUUUUUCUUCUUUCCUCUCUCGAAUUCCCUCUGCUUCUUCUCCUUCCACUUUCCACAGAGCUGAAGCUUCACGAACCACUGGAAAGGGUGUCCUGCUAAAUGAAAAACACCACAGACUGGGAUUAAAACAGCACCACCAUAAAGCCUCUGAAAGAUGUGGUGGUCUGAGGCGUUGCAUGAGUGCAGCACAGAAGGGAGGGGCUGCUGCAGUCUUCUGCAGUGCAGUGCUUCACGCCGUUAGCUGAGAUGCUAUGUGAGGCAGUUAGGUGGAGCCGCAGCGCUGUUGUUGUUGUCUGAAGAGCGCAGUUUCAUGGAUGGCCCGCAUAGCCGACGACACUAAACAUUUUAAAAUGCAGAGAUUUGCAAUGAACACAUUUAACUCUUUGUUUGGGUGGAUUCUUGUUUUGGGAGUUCUGAUGAUCCCAGUGUUGUGUCAGGAUGAAGAGAGUGUAAUUACAGUAUGCCAAGAAGAAGAUAAUGACCUCAGAGUGGACUGUCUUCUGGAGCCCAGACCCAACUACCACACAGACUAUGAGUUCUCCAUGUCCAAAGGCCAAAAGGAGGUCAUCAUAAACACCAACAUCUCUGGCAUCAUGCCUGAACCCAAGUUCAGACACAACACGUUUGUGACGGAGCUUGAGCCAUACGGAUUCAGGCUGACCAUCAUGAGCUUCACCGUCACUGAGAAUACAACAUUCAUCUGUAAAGUAACCAAGAUCCAGAAGACUCUGUUUGUUGAACUGGACACCAUCGAGCCCUGCUCUGCCAUCAGCGUGUUUCUGCUGGGUUAUCCUUGGCUCAGUCUUCUGGUUCCAUGCAUCUUACAGCUAUCUUACAGCUAAACAGUGAGCUAUGCCGUUAUAUUAGUAUAAAUAAAUCAUGCCUUUACUGUGAAGUAAGUGCCGGUUGCUGCCUUUAUGAAGGUAUUUAUUUCCUUUAUGCUUUUUAACACGUCUACCCAAAGCACAACUGAAGACAUGUCAUGUGCGUAAUAAGUUAAAGGAUUUCUAAGAUUCUUGACUGCUAUUAUAAAAGUUAUGACAAGCAUUUGUACUGCAACAGUGCUAUCAAUGCUUUCAAUGAAAUGCACCAUUAACAUCUUGCAUUCAGUGUGUAGAUAAAUAAAUAAAUCCCAUAAUUUAUUGCCUUAAUUAUGCUUUUCUCAACACUUCGAAAAUAAUUCUAAACAAUUUGUUACCCUCACAUUUCAUUUGUUUAAUUUUGCAUAGUUGCACAUUGUUUAAUGUCUGUAUGAAAGAACAAAUAUUUUAUCGAUAUAUAAGGUGUUUUAAUUUGAUCAGUACUUCUGUUUUAAAAACGCUAUUAUCAUGUUAUAAAAUGUAUCUUUAAUAAAAAUCUGUCACUGGUG